AGGGGAUAUUCUGCUUUCAAAAUAUUACAGCAGUCGAAAGCUUGAACUUAAAAUAUAUGUAGACUAUCUGGAAUUUUGCCUCAAACCUUAGUAAGAAAGAUGAUGCAUGUAAAGAUACCUGCACUUGGCCGUCCAUUUUACUUAGGAAUGCUUUAUGAUCGUCGUUCUGAGAAGUUGAUAAUGGGGAAAACUUUAUGGUCCCAAAAGCACUUAAAUGAAGCUCUAAUCAUCAACCCCCAACCUUACGUAAAUUCGGAUAUAUUUAUAGAAAAUUCGAUCGAUGACAAAACUACAGCGCUUAGUGUUGAAGCAGGUCUUAAGCUUAGUUUUUUGUGUGGGUUGGUAAAUGUAGAGGGUUCAGCAAAAUACCUAAUCGAUGCAAAGACGUCAAAAUAACAAUCUCGUGUUGUGCUAAAAUAUGAAACAACAACAGAAGUAAAGCAGCUGUCCAUGAAUCAUCUCGGUGAUGGUAAAGCUGACUUUCCCGAAGUAUUUAGCACUGAUGAUGCUACUGAUGUGGUUGUUGGCCUAUUAUACGGAGCCAAGGCUUUUAUUGUGUUUGACAGAGAACUUUCGAAGGAUGAAUCUUUGAAAGAAAUAAAUGGGAAAAUAAAGGCUUUAGUGGAAACUCUACCACGUGCUGAAAAUCGUGGUAAUUGUCCCGUUAAUAUCACUGAAGAGCAAAAGAAAACCACCGAGAAUAUGAGAUGCAAGAUGUAUGGGGAUUUUCUUUUAAGCAAGGCUCCUGCCAACUUUGAGGAAGCUGUUAAAGUUUACCAAGAGUUACCGUCACUUAUUGGCAAAAACGGAGAGAAUGCAGUUCCGAUUCAAGUAUACCUAUGCCCACUGAGUAGCAUCGAUACCAGGUGUAAAAAAAUAGCAAGAGAGAUAAGCGCAAAUUUGGUAAACAAGACGUCUAUAUCACUUCAAAAUUUUAAAUUUGUGGAAGAAGAAUGUAACGACCUUCUUCACAACGAAAUCUGUUAUCACUUUCCACAAUUAAAGAAACAGAUUGCUACCUUUCUUGAAAAGAUUGAGCUCUACCGCAAAGAUUAUGGAAAUAAAAUAUUAUCAGUUCUUCCUAAAGUAAGAGGACGAGGAGGAGAAGAGCAAGAGCUUGCUCAGCUUAUUGACAAAAAAGAAAACUCUCCUUUCUCCUCUAAAGCUAUGCAAGAAUGGUUAGAUAUAAAGAAGAUGGAAGCAGAAAAUUUGCAAACAAUACUUAACAUGCUUGAUCAAACUACUUUCGUCAAACAGGAAAAGUUAAAAAAUUACUUGUAUGACACCAACAUCAAGUUCAUCAUUUCUUUCACCCUCAAGAUUUGUUGGGAAGAAUAUUGCCAACCCUUUGGCAUAGAUAAAACCCGUGCAGCUUUAGAAAAUUUCAAAAAUUUGAAGUUGUUUAACAAAGGAAGUGAUGACUUGAAAUUUCUAGUUACAGAAGAAUCUUUACUUAUUGGUAACCAUAGUCAAACUGGUGCUUUCGUAUCUUUGUAUGUAGGUGGGGUUUUGGAAAAUGAGGAUUUUAGAUCUAGUUCGAAGCCAAAAAAUCUGAGAGUCCUUGAAAAAAGAGAUAGCUCAUUGAAAAUUACUUGGGAUGGGGACAUAACAAACACAAACUUUGUUAAAAGUUAUAAAAUUUUCUAUACCAUUGACCAAAAAUUCGAGGUGUGGUCACACAUUGAAGAAGAAUGGACAGAUAAAAACACACCAACAGUAACUCUGUUAAAUCUUCAACCAGCAACUACCUACCAAAUAAAAGUUUGUGCUUUUAAUAAAAUUCAAAUCAGUGAAUGGAGUGAAGUUUUAUAUGUAACAACUACAUUGUAUCCUCUUGAAAUUCACAGAAUACUUCACUUUUGUGAACUUUUGGAGCCGUCAAACAAUGGUGCAACUGCAGUGUUUGGUCUUCCUUUAAAGCUGGUUAAAAAAGAUGAAGAUAAAAUGAUUCGCAAGUAUGAAGUGAAUCUUAAUAAAGAACAAUAUACUCAAAAUGACGUGAGCAAACCACACAAAGUUAUUUUAAUGGUUUCUUUAAAGUGUCCUGGAAAAAAUUCUCUUAUAAAUGCCAUGGUCAAUUACAUAUUGUGUGUAAAAUGGGAGGACAAAGUCCACCUAAAACUCAUCUAUAACCAAAUAGAAGACAGGAGAAAAGGUGAAUUCUGUAUUUAUACUCUGCAUCAUGUGGAAGGCUUUAAGGUUCCUUUUACCGUUACCAUUGUAGACUUCAUAUGCGAUGGUGAUGGUGUUACACAUUUACAUUAUGAGAAUAUUGUUGAAUAUUGCCAAAAAUCACUGGGCUAUCUUGAUGCAAUUUUUUGUUUUGUUGAAAAUGUAUUUCCGAUGAUCCAUACCAACAAAAUAUUACAAUCAGUUGCUAUGGCAUUUAACGAAAUUGAGACUUCUCCUUCUGCGAACAAAUCAAUUGUAGAAGAUAUGAAUUCCUACCUGGAAGUCCGCUAUUGGAAUGAGGUGGUUCGUGAUUGUGAAAAAGGGACUUUAUUUUCCAAAUUAAAAAAAAGUUUUUUUAUUUGGGAUGACGUUGUUGAAGAGGACAACAGCUACGAUGCUAUUUUUUGGAAUAUGGAAAUGAAUAGUUUGAAAAAAUUCUUUGAGCGUAUUAAUGAUGCGAAUGCAACGAAUUUGUCUAAAGUGUUCAUAAUUCGAGGUUAAGGAAGUAUCUCUCUAAUUUAAAACCAUUAUUCCAUGUGAAAAAUACAAAAAAUUAUAAUAUCGAAGAAACAUGCGUGCAUUUCUAAUUAGUUCAGGCAGCAAUCAUUAAACUCCUUUGUUCGACAAUAUCAAGGAAAGUUUUGUAGCUACGUAAACAUUAACAUAGUCAUUUUAGACAGAUAUUUUUUGUAAUUUUUUAGUAACUUAUAUGCAUUAAGCAAACGAUCUUGUAGCUAAUUUUAAUAUAACGAAUCCAAAAUUUAAAAAAAUUUUUGGAGAAAUUAGUAUCAAAAAGUAUGUGCUGAUAAGUGUAA